AUGAAACAAUCAAAUGGAAAAAAUUCGAAUGAAACAAAUUCAACAGCAUCGACUUUAUCAGAGAAAACUUUUAUAAGUUUGCUGGAAGAAGGGUGCCAGAAAAGUUAUGGAAGAUCACCGAACAAUUCUUCAUUUACGAUUACAUGUGAAAUUUGUGGACCAGUUACUGUUGGCCAAGGAAAAACAAGAAAGAUAGCUGAACAGUUGGCAGCAAAGAAUAUGUUAAUGAAUUUUGUCGAGAAAGAGCGCUUCAAGGAUUUUGGUUUGGGAUCAAGCAAAGAAGAAGCGAUUCGGGCCAAUUUUAUGAGUGAAUUCGCAUUUACUGAUGACGAAAAAAGCGAUAACUGGGUUAAAUGUCAACGUUUAAAACUUACUGGUCUUCAUUAUGAAGUGAACGAAAUUGGUGCUCUCCAUAAGCCGUUGUUCAAAGUCAUUUAUUCGGUUGGCGGUUUGUUUGCUGUGGGUCAAGCUGGAACGAAGAAGAUAGCCGAAAAUAUUGCAGCACAAAAAAUAUUUGAAAAAUUAGAAGAAAUGCAAAAAAAUAAUGAUGUCUUUGAUGGAAAGAUCAAUGCAUCGCUUGAUUUUGAUGGUUGUGAUCAACAUUGUGAUCAAAACUCUAUAUUAUCGACUUAUCACAGAUGUUAUAAUCUUGGUUCUGAUACGAAGAACGCCACAGAUACAUUACAGAGAAUUAUAGAUAGUGGGAAUGACCAAGUUAAAACGAUUUUUCUUCCCCAAAAAAUUCAAUUUAUUGAUCUCGAUCAUAGGGAUACGGAUGGUAGUUAUCAGUGCAUGUUAAAAAUAAAUGGCCCUGAUGAAGAUGAAAACGUUUUCGAAGGAACUGGAUGGAAUAUCGAUGCUGCACACGAUGAUGCGGCUAUGAAUGCUUUGGUUAUGAUCUUAUUCUUAAGAAACCAUACUCAAAGAAAAUAG